CAAGGGUUGAUCCGACUGCAAGCUGACUCCACCAGCCCGAUGGAUCGCAUCCAAAUCCUCCAGGCUCUACCACGAUUCAUCUCCACAGCCAUUUCGAUGACCUUCAAUCCUCAUCACCGUGAUCCAGGGUCGCGCCUGGAAUGUGCACCCUAACGCAAGGGAUGCGCUGCGCGAGCGACCACAACAAAGGGCUGCCGCCCCGAACGGCUUAAAUACUACGUGUCCGAUGGCGCGCGCCCGCGAUAGUCCAACACACAUAUCCAAAUCCGAUCCGACGAGACUGUCCUUAUCAUCCAGCAUGUUUGCCAUCGAAUCCCUGUCUCUAAGUGUGCUGGUCCUCGCGGCGGUGGGCCGCGCAAUGGAUUUCGCUACGCCAAGAAGCGCCUCAGAAUUCACCACAGUCGGAUACGAGACUCCGGACGGGAGCAAGUCGAUGCAGGUGCCGUUGAAUGAGUGCUGGAAGUUCGCAGAAGAGGAGGUCAGCACCGUCUUCUUGUCACGACAGUGUCGCCUGUUCACCGCAAUCGCCUGUACCGGACGAAUGACACUGCUUGCGCCCGGUGUACACACCACCUCCGACCCGAUCCCCUUCAUCGACAGUAUUGAAUGCUACUAAGUCAGCGGGAGUGGGAGGGAUCGAUCUGAUGUAUCAUAUGCACCAUACACCACUUAAUGAAAUAAUUGC